UACCGGAAGUUGACCGGCGCUGAAUGAAUCUGAUGACACCGUGAAAGUCACCGGUAAAACAAGAGGGCCGUAGUUUUAGUUUUUGAGACAGCCAAACAGGACCAAGUGUUAAACAUUGUGAAGUGUUCAAAUGGCAAGGAUCCUUGGUCGAAUAUACAAGGGCUUUCAACGCCUCGGCUCACUCUCAUCUACACAGACUCCACUCAGACACCCGCCUCCCACCGUUUCAGUCAGGGGGACCACCUUUAUCCGGACCAUGGUGGCGCUGCCAUCGCUUUUUUCCUCCAAGCCCCGGGACUUCAGCCUGCCUAACUCCUCAUGGGGCUCGGAAAUGAUGCGGUUGUACGAGCAUUAUAACAGUCAGUGUGAGGUGGAGACGGAGGGAGGGGAGAAACAGGAAGGGCCGUGGCAGAGACUGCCAAGCUACAAUCGCCUCCUCAAGUAUGCUACAGGUGGAGUGUAUCUUAGUAAGAUAAUCCAGUCAAAAGCUCGUCUUUUUACCCGGAACAUCAGAGACCCGGGGGCAGCAUUUGAGUAUGUUUUGUUUGUCAACAGUGAGGAGCAGAAGUGUAUAUGUAUUUUCCAGGCUGGACACCUUCUGGAGGGGCCACCAGGACAUGUCCACGGGGGGGCAAUAGCCACUAUGAUUGAUACUGUGACAGGUACUCAUGCGACUAUACUCUCUGGACCCGUAAUGACUGCCAACCUUAACAUCAACUACCGCAGCCCCAUCCCACUGGGGAGCACAGUGUUGCUUGAAUCUUCUCUGGAGAAGAAGGAAGGCAGAAAAACGUUAAUUUCAUGUAAAGUGACCAGCAGCGAUGGCUCCAAACUCCACACAGAAACAACAGCACUGUUCCUGUCAAUCAAUUUCAGCCACCUACUACUGGGGGAGUGACACAAGCACUGUCAGCAAGCUGAGGCCGCUGUGUGUGUGUGUGUGUGUGUGUGUGUGUGUGUGUGUGUGUGUGUGUGUGUGUGUGUGUGUGUGUGUGUGUGUAUCAUUGGUUUGCAGUAUUUCUUGAGGAGUGUAUUUGUCAGCUGAUUCAACA